AUGCCCCGUCUGGAGGCACAGGUGUCCUCCAGGCUGGAGCGCUUGACCGAGACGGCGAAGAAGAAGCGGAUCGACCCCGACAGGCUCCUUUGGGCCUUCGACUUGGUCUCCACACGUGCCGUGGGCGCAGAGAUCAACGCCUGCGCGCUGAUCCCGGGCGUGGACUUGGCGAACCACAGCCCUAGACCCAACGCAGACCUCAGCGUGGCAGGCAGUCCAGGGCACCGCACGGGGCGCGCGACGGUGCUCCAUGGAAAGGUCUGGGAGCACGGCUCGGCGGGCCUCGUCGCCGCGCGAGACCUGAACGCCGGCGAGGCUGUCCGUAUUUCCUAUGGCAAAUAUCCGAACCAGCGCUUCUUGCUGGACUAUGGUUUCAGCCUUGGCGACGACAACCCCCUGGGGGACGAAGAGAAGGAAGACUUGGCAUGA